AUGCGGAAGAGCGUAGAAAUCCAGAAGAAGUGUACUAUCUGGAACGAGUCCAAGGCGAUUGCAUCGGGCAUGAAGAUGGGGAAGGCCUACGUGCUGGACUGCGAGAAGGACGUGACGCAGUACAUCGAGUACGCCGGGACGCAGCGCGCCACCACUGGCAUGCCUAUGAUGGACCACAAGUCCAUGACGCUGUGCGGAGGCUGCAUGAAGGUCAAGCAGACGGGCGCGCACUUCCCGUCUCACUAUCAGUCAAAGGCAACGAAGGUGUUGCAACUGGUUCAUACGGACUCUACGGGGCCCAUGAAGACGAAGUCUAAGAGCGGGGCCCGGUACGUGCUCACAUUCGUGGCUGACUACCACAAGUACGUGGUUGCGUACUUUAUCACCAAGAAAAGCGAUGUGCCCGGCAAGUUCAAGACACUCAUGAACUUGUACGAGAACCAGUGA